AUGUCUCCCGAGGUAGAUUAUACCGACUACAGAUUUUCUGCUUUUCUUAAUCAGUCAAGUGUUAGAAAAGGAAAUUCAGGUUGGGGAAGCCAGGCGGACAAACGGGUGAUCUCUGAUUUCGAGAUUCUCAACGUUUCCAGUCAUCUUACUUACUAUUCAAACGGUGAAAUAUCGGUGGUCGAACCGGCCACGGCGACUGAAAUGGCAGCAACAUGGUCCGUCCUACACACCACGAUAUAUUUCCAACGGCAUAGUGUGAUGUUUGGUGUCUGUAUGCUUCUUCCAUGUUUGGUAAGUCAAGUAUUUGUGAAAUCCACAGGCCUUAGCUCUUAUAUAAGAGCAGGGGACUCAAUAGACUUGAACCAGGCGCACGUCAGCUUUGGCGUCUUGAAACCUGCUACAAUCUUUCCCAUGUCAGCAACUUUUUUCAUGAUUCAGCAACCGUAUGAUAAUUGUCUCUUCCCUUCAAUUCAGGUCUCAGCAGCCUUCAACAUUCUCCCAUUCUUCCUAACUUCACUCAACUACUCUGUUUACACACUACUUUCCAAUGUGAUCAUACAAGCCAUAUUUCUUCAAGAGAUGGUGAACGGCAUGCCUUUGUCUGCUAAUCGAGUGCCUAAAUCAGGUAAGCGUUGCUGUAAUACCUGA